CUUCAGCGUCGUCCCAUCACCGAUCGCACUCCGCGCGUCAACGAAGAGCGAAGGGGGUCCCACAGACAACAGCCGUCUUGUGCGCUUGUAAACACGACUCUGUGUGUGUGUGCGUCUGUGUGUGUGUGUGUGUGAGUCUCUGUGUGUGUGUGUGUGUGUCUGUGUGUGUGUGAGUCAACUUUGGUGUGCGAGGUUUGAGAGAUGUUAGUGGAGGCUCGCGACGAGAGAAGAGAGAAGAGCCUCCUUGGACAAUUUGAAGAGAGGGCAGAGACGGCACGCGAGUGAGGAGCCUCACUCUCCUCUCUCUCCUCUCUCUGUGUGCCCGUGCGCUCGUGCGCUCACUCGCUCUUCAAGCACCACCGACCCACCGCCACCUCGUCUCUCCAUCACUCAUCACCUCGUCUCUCUAUCAUCUGGUUUCUCCAUCACUUCGUCUCUCUAUCACCCACCCAUCACCUCAUCUCUCUAUCAUCUGGUUUCUCCAUCACUUCGUCUCUCUAUCACCCACCCAUCACCUCGUCUCUCUAUCAUCUGGUUUCUCCAUCACUUCGUCUCUCUAUCACCCACCCAUCACCUCAUCUCUCUAUCAUCUGGUUUCUCCAUCACUUCGUCUCUCUAUCACCCACCCAUCACCUCGUCUCUCUAUCAUCUGGUUUCUCCAUCACUUCGUCUCUCUAUCACCCACCCAUCACCUCGUCUCUCUAUCAUCUGGUUUCUCCAUCACUCACCCACCACCCCGUUUCUCCAGCACCCAUCACCUCGUCUCUCCAUUACCUUGUAUCGAUUCACUCGCAUCUACCAUCAUCAUCACCACACUCACGCGCCACCAUCAUCAUCAACGUUACCAUCAUCAUCAUCAUCAUCAUCCGCAAGAUCUCUUCUUCAACGAGCGCGUGGUUACAGCGAGCGAACAUCGGUCCAUCCGACCCCAGACUGCCCGCCCCAGGUUCGACUCCGAACCCAGCCGAGCCGGACCCAGACCAGACCCGGACCGGGCCUAACUGGACCUGGUCCGCACUCAACCGGACCCAACCGGACUCAACCGGACUCAACCGGACCCAACCGGACCUGAACCGGACCCAACCGGACCUGAACCGGACCUGAACCGGACCUGAACCGGACCCAAGCGGACUGGGACUGCAUCCAACUAGAACCUGGACCGGACUCAACCCGAACCCGACCCAGAACCAUGGGUACAGGCAAGCAACGCGGUCCGCAGAGUGGGUACUGGUCUUGAACCAGGGGCGCUAGGACCUGGGACCAAGACACGAAAGACCGGCGAAGCAGCACCACCACCACCAUCAUCAUCACAGGAACCCAGGAACCCAGAAUCAGCACCACGGACAGCGCCCAGAGACGGGGAUUUUGAGUGACGGCUAGUCGGGAAUUCGCUGAGCCGAACCACAGACCCACCAGAGCUGGAUCCCAAAACUGAACUCCGCACCCCGAGGCCCCAGACCUUGGCACGGGGACCCCCUCGAGACGGCGGAACGCUGAGCCCGAGGAAGACGACGCGGCGUUACAGCCUGGACCCCCAGGAGCGAGGUCCCAGGAGACGCCUCGGGUCGCGAUGCUGCGAGCGGCGCUGUGGUGGGCGGCGCUGCUGGGACGAGUGGGGAUGGUGGGUGGUGGUGGUGGUGGACUGAGCUCGCCACCGGCCUGGGGUGACGUCGCUUCGCCAGCCGAGUCCGCUUCGAGUGCCGGGCCGGAUGAUCAAGUCGCCAGCGCCGGUCCCUACGGUCCUCUCCUCCUCGAUACCCAUCAGCAGCAGAAUCAUCAUCAGCAGCAGCAGCAACAGCAGCAGCAGGAGGAUGAUGGCGAUGUUGAUGGUCACGAUCAACGUUUACAGCAACAGCAGCAGCAACAUGAUGAUGGCGAUGUUGAUGGUCACGAUCAACGUUUACAGCAACAGCAGCAGCAGCAACAUGAUGAUGGCGAUGUUGAUGGUCACCGAUCAACGUUUACAGCAACAGCAGCAGCAGCAACAUGAUGAUGGCGAUGUUGAUGGUCACGAUCAACGUUUACAGCAGCUACAGCAGCAGCUCAAUCAGAAUGAGCGGGGAGAUCAACAUGAGCAUGAACAGACUGAACGUGAUCAUCAUCAUCAGCAGCAGCAGCAGCAUCACUCUUAUCCGCAGCAGGGAUAUCUUCUCCAGCAAGAUCAAGAUGAGUAUAAUGAUUAUGACGGUGGUGGUGGUGGUGGUAGUCAGCAGCAGCAGCAGCAUCACGAUCAGCAUCUCCUGCAUCAUCAUCAUCAUCUUCUUCUUCUGCGCCGUCCGCAAGGCCCCGAGCUGACGAACUUUCUGUCUGGGUCGCGGCGUCUCGCCGUGCAGGGCCUCGCACGCACCACGGGGCCUCUCUGGGGGUGGCUCUCCUCCUCCACUCAUCAUCAUCAGCAGCAGCAACAGCAGCAACAGCAGCAGCAGCAGCAACAGCAGCAACAGCAGCAGCAGCAACAGCAACAGCAGAAUCAGUAUCAGCAGCAGCGGCAGCAGUUGACUCAGUAUGAUCAUCAGCAGCAACAGCAGCAGCAACAGCAGCAGCAACAGCAGAGUCAGUAUCAGCAGCAGCGGCAGCAGUUGACUCAGUAUGAUCAUCAUCAGCAGCAGCAGAAUCAGUAUCAGCAACAGCAGCAGCUACAAGAGCAGCUGCAGCCACAGCAGCAGCUACAGCCACAGCUACAGCAGCAUCUACAGCCGCAGCAGCAGCUGCAGCUACAGCCACAUCAGCUACAGCAGUUACAGCAGCAGCUACAGCAGCUACAGCAUCAGCAGCAGCAUCAGCAGCAGCAGCAGCAGCUACAACAGCUACAGCAUCACCAUCAGCAGCAGCAUCAUCAUCAGCAGCAGCUACAACAGCAGCAGCAGCUACAGCAGCUACAGCCUCACCAUCAUCAGCAUUAUCAUCAGCAGCCAGGCCAGGCGCGUUCGCGUCCGCGGCGUCGCCCCAUGGUGAAGACGGGCCGCUUCAAGAAGAUGUUCGGCUGGGGCGACUUCAACUCGAACAUCAAGACGCUCAAGCUGAACCUGCUCAUCACGGGCAAGAUCGUCGACCACGGCAACGGCACCUUCAGCGUCUACUUUCGCCACAACUCCACGGGCCACGGCAACGUUUCGGUCAGCCUGGUGCCUCCUGCCAAGGCGCUGGGCUUCGGCGCCGCGACGCAGCAAGCGACACUGGUCGACCCCAAGGCAUCCAAGACGUUCAAUUGCCGCGUGGAGUACGAGAAGGUGGACCGCGCCAAGAGGACGUCGCUCUGCAACUUCGACCCGACGAGGAACUGCUACCAGGAGCAGACGCAGAGCCACGUGUCGUGGCUCUGCUCGAAGCCGUUCAGCGUCAUCUGCAUCUACGUCGCCUUCUUCAGCACGGACUACCGGCUCGUGCAGAAGGUGUGCCCCGACUACAACUACCACAGCGACUCGCCUUACUACCCCACCGGCUAACG